GUAAGUAAUCAAACUGGCAAACGUACCGGUAAUAACUCGAGAGCUGCAAUCAAGGAGUUUCUCUGAUUCUGGAAGAGUGCUGUGGAUCCCAGCAGUCAGGCUUCCAGUUCUGUGCCAUUUUCAUCCAUCUAAAUGAUUGGUGUGGUGUCUGCUCAGUGUCGUUUUGGCUCAAGAUCUCUAUCUUCUCAAAGGGGUUUGCUACUCAUAUGGUGAGCAGAACUGCUGGUCUACCCACACCUUGUCCAGUCUGAUCUUGAAGCUAUUCACAGUCUAAGUUGUAACUACUUCAGGGAAUAAGUUCAACCAAUAAAGCACAAAGAUGCAGAUGUGGUUUAUCUUCAAAACAACUGCAACAGACCUUCUGUUUCAAGGAUAUGAUAUCACAACAAAAUGGGAUUUUGCCUUGUCCUGUCUUCUCUUUGCCUUCGCUUCAGUCCUCCUGGAGGUGUUGGCCACUCUCAGUACUUACCUGACCCGGUGCUAUACCACUAACCCUCUGGAAAUGAACUGGUCCUCCCCUAUUAAUGGACGAUCACCUCUCCUUGCCCCCUUACAGAUACCAAGCAGUGUAUCCAAAGUUAGGCAACGCAGGUGUCGGAUUCACCUUGGUCGGACCAUCGUCCACAUUGUUUCAGUGAGCCUGGGCUACAUUGUAAUGUUGGUUGUCAUGACUUACAACGCCUACUUCCUCAUCUCCAUUGCUGCUGGGUCUGCGUUUGGCUACCUUCUGUUUGCCCCAUUCAGGAAACGCCCCAAGAAAAGGCUGCCCCCUAUAGACAGACGAGCCCAGAGGGAUAGCUUGACCAGAAGUGGGCAGAUGGAUAUGGGUGAUGAGACAGGUGGUGCAGGAAGUGGGGCAGGUAGCGGUGCUGAGGGAUCUACUAGAGUCAAUUACUAUGGAACACUCUAGUAACAUAACAUAUGAAGGUCAUUCCUGAGCAAGGUUCUGUAGCAUAAAGAAUUAGCUGUUUAUCAUUGAAUUGAUUGUUACCUUUGGUCAUACACAAUAUAAUCACUUGAAUCAAUCAAUCAUAAUCAAUUGCAAAGCUUUAUGUUACCGGCCCUGGGACCCGUUGCAGAAAGAGUUGCAAUCAAUCGCAACUCCAAAAAUCAUGCGCAACUUGAUUUUCAACCAAUCGCAUUUUUGACUUGCUGAAGACCUUUGUCUAGAUGAUAACCUAACUUAUUUGCCACUUUGAACCAAAAAGAAAAGUUUGGUUGGAAGGCAAAGAUCUUUUGGAUGAUUUCGUCUCGGUAUUGGAGUUGAAAGCAUGAAUUAAGCUUAUGAAUGAACUCCAAUACUGACU